AUGGUACGAUCACUAGCAUCGAUCCCCGAACAAAAGGCUACUUUCUCGAGACAACUUUUAAUGACUUACAUAAUCGACGAAGAGAAAAAUUCUAAGUUUCUUAAAACAGAACGAAAUAACUUCUCAUGUACUUUUAAUAUUCUUCAUUUAGGUAAUUCACUGUCAUUUGUUGUUUUUACCCAAAAACAACUACGAACCUAUUCCACAUUUCGUUAUUUGGCUUAUUUAGCUAUCAUUGAUUUAUGUGUACUCUAUUGUGGACUCGGUCAUAUUAUUCUACGAGAUUAUUUUAAAUUCGAUAUUCGAACUUCUCAUUUAGUAAUGUGUAAAUUACACACAUUUUUGACAUACAUUACUACACAAUUGUCUAGUUGGAUUCUAGCCUUAGUUUCAAUUGAUCGAGCCGUUGCUUGUUCACUUAUGCAAAAACGUUUUUGUAAAGCACAAUCAGCUGAUCGUAUAUUUGUUGGAAUGUGUUUAGCUGUAGCAAUAAUUAACAGUCACAUAUUAUUUUUUAUGGGUGAAAAACGGACAAUUUAUACUCUACAAUCAACAACCACAUCGUCAUCAAUUCUUUCCGCCGUUCGAACAACGGGACGAUACAAUUCAACUAGUGGUCAGAUAAGAAGUAAAUCAUUGCCAUCAUUUACACAUUAUUAUCGUCAAUCCAAACAGUCUAUCACUACAAUUUCUACUGUUAUCAGAAAAUCUUCAUCGACUGUAACAAAAACAUUUUCAAAUUCAAUAAUCUCAGGUCAAAAUUUAAAUUUAAUCAUCAAAGCCAAUCCGAUUAUUAAUAACUCAUCCCCGUCUCAAAUUGAAUUGGGCCGUAUUAUCCACUGUACACAUAACACCAGUGAUUUUUAUUUUAAAUUUUUUGAAAAACCUUACAAUGUUAUUGAUCUGUUCAGUUAUGUUCUUAUACCAUUUAUUAUAAUGACAAUUUGUAGUAUUAUUGUUGCUUAUCGUUUAUUUUAUUCUCUAAGAAAUACCACAUUAAAAGGUAAAACACGAAAAACGACGAGACGUGCACGACAAAUAUCUUAUAUGUUAUUAACGUUAAAUCUUGUUUUUGUCUUAUUACUAGCUCCUGUUGUUUUAGCACAAGUCUUUCAAGAUCUUCAUCAAGAAUAUCGCUAUCGUCUAUUUAAUUCAAUCACAUUAGUUUUAUCGUAUUCAAAUCAUGCUCUUAAUUUCAUUUUGUACGGUAUAACAUCGCCACAAUUUCGUUUGACUUUUAGACACUUGUUAGGAAUUCAUUCGGUACAAUAUCAUCAUAAUGGUCCUCCAGGCUUUUACACAUCAACGGUUUUCUAA